UCUAAUUUUGCUGUCUUGAAACCUUUUAGUUCUGGUAAAUUUGUAAUAUUAAAACAAACAAACAAAUAUGAGGUCAAAAUUUAAGGACGAACACCCUUUUGAAAAACGUAAGGCUGAAGCAGAAAGAAUUCGACAAAAAUAUCCUGACAGAAUUCCGGUUAUUUGUGAGAAAGUAGAGAAAUCAGACAUCGCCACAAUUGAUAAAAAAAAAUACCUUGUCCCAGCUGACCUUACUGUAGGCCAGUUUGUAUAUGUUAUUCGUAAACGUAUUAAAUUGAGCCCUGAGAAAGCGAUCUUCAUUUUUGUGGACGAAGUUCUCCCACCCACAGCUGCUCUUAUGUCAAGUAUUUAUGAAGAACAUAAAGAUGACGAUGGUUUUUUAUAUAUAACAUACUCUGGAGAAAAUACUUUCGGAGAUAUGGUCAAAGAAUUCUAAAAGUAUAUUUGAUGAUAAAUGAAAAAUUGGAUCAUUGAAAAGUGAUCAAGACUGCAAAAAAUAAAGCUAGUUUAGUUAGUUAGUAAUCUCCUUUUUUGAAAUAAUUUUUUUAUUAUUAUUUGUAUUUCAGCUUUUUUCUCCCUUCUUAAUAUAUUUGUUUUAUGUUUAUUUUAUUUCCCAAAUUUAUUAAAUAGUUGAGAAUAAAAACACUUUUAAACAUAGACAAUAUAUUGAAUAAAUCGUUUGUUAUGUGUAUUUAUAAAUUAUAUACAAUUACGCGUAAAGGAAACUACCAAUGUUUAUUUUGUAUACAAUUUGUGUCUAUUAUAUAUAUUACUUUUAAAAUCCUUUUCUACACUAGAAUCAG